CCCUGGGAACUACCAAUAAGUAUGCGACAUACGUAAAUCGAUAUAACUAUGGAUUGUGACACAUCGGGUGGUUCAUCAAUCGAGCAUACGGUGCAUUAAACUCAAAACAAGUGUUGGAACUGUCACUUAACGAUACACCUCAGAAGGUAAACUGUUAAAUGAUUGAUAAGUGUGCAGCGUAGGGAGUUUCUGUCUGAUCACAUUACAACUUCAUGGCCGAUACCCGUCCCAGGGGGAAGUGAGUGAUAACCCAACUCAUCUGAAGGGGUGUUGGCAGUUAAACACUAUAUCAGACAAGUGAAUUGUGGUCAGUGAUGAUUAUGUGUUAGGACAAAAAUGAAGAACAUGUCUACCGACAACUGAUACGCCUGCUACCAGUUUAUAUAUACACAGAUACCACAAUUGUAAAUAUUACGAUACCCGUAAGAUGUCCUGUAUGAUAACCUAAGAAGUCAAACUCACUGUUGGAUAAGACAGUUAAAGAGACCACCCGUGUGUGUGGCAACUAUCGGCGAUAUAGGACCUAGACCAUUAUCUGUGAAAGCUUUAAUGAAUCUCAGAUUACACCAAACACUAACUGUUACCCUUGCUGCCAACAAGUCGGAUAAACGAUUAAACAAACAGCUCACGAUGAUGAGAUUUUAGAAAAUAUAUAUAUUAAUUUGGAAAGGAGAAGGAAAAAUCGAUCCGGGAACAAAAAUUGGGAAACAAUUUGAUGCUGACAGAGUGUUCUACUUCCAACAAUAAUUUGAAUAUUGGUCAUUAUGAACUGAUUGUCUCGUCUUCAAGGUAAUUGACUGGCUAAUCCGUGUCUUCCCGGAUUGAUUUGUGGAAUAAAAGAGUGCUCGGCACUGAUUAGGCUCCCAAAGACUUGGUAGUUCCGUCUAUGUUCGAUACAACAGUAAUGGACUUUGUAAAAACUGUUAAACUCUUACCCAUUGACGUCACAGGGGACUUCGCUUAAUUAUCCACUGGAAAAUAGAAAAUAGCAUCAGACUUGUCGUUGUAGAUUUGAAUCUGUGUUCUUGGAUAUGAAAAAAAAUUCCACGAAGAGAGUAGUAUCAUACGAUGAUUGCCAAAUCAUUAUGUUAAACCUUCGUAUAAACACAUAGAGUAGUGUAAGCACACACGACUUCCCAGAAGGAUGACCUGAACAAACGUCAGUGUUUUCAUAUGUUUCAUACUUGCAGUAUAGCACAUUGUACUGACUGCAGUUACACCUACGCUAAUAUGGCUUACAUUAAUUUCAAUGGAAUUUGGCUGCGUGUGUUGACAAUUUGUUUACUGAUUUUAGCUGUGUCAUCAUGGACUACCUGCAAGAAAUCCAAAAAGGUAUAUAUAGUCAAUGCCAACGCAGAACAACAAACACGAGGGACAACUAAAGCAGCCAUAGCUUGCUUCCAACGUAUGCAAACAGAAACACCGCCACCUGAUAGAGUUUAUUGUAACAUGACGUUCGGCGGAGGGAUGUGCUGGCCGUACGCUCGGGCUAAUACAACGGCUAAUGUUGAUUGCCCAGACUAUAUCCAUGGAUUUGAUCUCCGAGGUAAGGCACAACGAUUUUGUACCUUUGAUGGAACAUGGGCAAUACAUCCAACCCGUAAUAAGACUCUAACGAACUACGAUGGAUGUACAGGAUAUGCGAAGGAGGACGCCAAACAUGUACCCGUGUCAGCUUACACAAGGAGCCAUGCCUACACAAUCAAGGUGUUGUAUGAGAUCGGAUACGCAACGUCCCUGGCGUCCUUGACAUUGGCUGUGUUCCUCAUGUUGGUGUUCAGGAAGCUUCACUGUGAUAGAAACACCAUACACGUGAACCUUUUCGUAUCGUUUAUACUGAAAGCUAUUGUAUGCCUCGUAAAGGAUUUGCAGUUUAUACCGCAAGGGUACUCCGCUAUAGAAGACAACGAGAUCCAGUUCAUAGCGAUUGGCCCGACAUGGCCUUGUAAGUUGGUCUACUCCAUAUUCCACUACAUGACGACGGCUAAUUAUAUGUGGAUCCUCGUGGAGGGACUCCACCUACAUACUCUCAUAUUCUUCGCCAUGUCCAAUAUGAAGAAACUUUUCAGAUUCUAUAUUGUUUUCGGAUGGGUUGCCCCGUUUCCGUUCGUGCUAUGGUGGGUUAUUGUCCGCCUCCGUUAUUCAGAUAGUCUGUGUUGGAGUACUGACGAACACGGUUAUCUGUGGAUCAUCCGGGGUCCUAUCGUCGUAUCUAUUGCAAUAAACUUUUUGCUUUUCAUAAACAUCAUCCGGGUCCUGUUUACGAAACUUACAGCUACCAACAGAGCGGACCCAAACAGAUACAGAAAGUUGGCAAGAUCAACCCUGGUUCUCAUCCCACUGUUCGGGGUCUACUAUAUCGCCUUUGCCGCCGUUCCUGAUUGUAUUGGUGACUACGCCUACGUGGUGCUGAUGUAUAUUGAAAUAUUCUGUAGCUCCUUCCAGGGCUUGAUCGUGGCUGUACUCUUCUGCUUUAUGAAUAAUGAGGUGCGUUCGGAGAUUGCCAAAGUUUGGAAACGACAUAUGCUGCGUCGACACAGUACUAUAUCAUUCCGAUCUAACAGAACUAUUUCAACGGGCAGUUCCAUGUUUUUCCAAAGGGGAUCCCCAACUUCCACCCGUCACAAUGACACAAUUCGAGACAUGGAAACGUCAAUUUCCCCACACACAACAUCAACUCUUCUGCCAGCUACCACUGAAACUAAAAAUGGUGACAUAUAUACCGUGGAUACUAAUAAUGAGAUAACUAUCACCGUAAACGGAACUCCUGUUAAUGGUGGACUGUCUACUUCUGACGAAAAUUUGACUGAAACAAGUCGGAUGUUGUAAAUGGAUUAAAUGAUGAGUGAUGAUGUGGUUUUUACUUUAAACACCACUUUUCUAUGGUCCAAGGUACCGAAAUGAAGUGUUUUUAAUUUGAUUAACUAAGUAAGACAUUUGUUAGUUAAACUGUUUCAUCAUCGAAUGGAGAGUUUUUGAAAUACUGAAUGGUUUAUCGUGAAAUGUAGACUGAUUUGUUUCUGGAAAUAUACUUGUUGGUUUUAUUAAGGAGCACAGGGGGUGGUCAUAACAUGAAAUCCUAACUGGUUUCAUUGUAAAAUGUCGUUAAAUAUCAAAACGUGAUCACACCAAUUAACAUUCGGUUUCGAUUCAAACUUAGUACCAUGAAAUGUCCACCAAGCGUCUGUGGUGAACAAUGUCUCAAGCCCUUGAUAAAGCUUUGAUUGCGCCGUGUAAAUCAAUGUCUCUGUACCAAACACUCCUAGAUGUAUAACUCAACUAUUUAAGACUUUGUGUGUCUUUACUUCAAUUCUCGAAUGUCGAGUACUCGAAGUCUCACGCGGCAAUUAUCCAGACUCUCGCGUAUCUAGUACUCAAAGCCUUGCAUAUAUAUUGGUCUAAGUUUCGCGUAUGUAGCGGUACCCGAAGUAUCUAGUACUUAAAGCAUGACUUUCUGCAUGUCUACUUCCUAAAUAUAUCGUGUCUUGUGCUGUGAACUUUAACUUUCGCGCGCAUAGAACCCCAUUCUGUCUUGCACGGUACACAACGUUGUUGUUUUUUUGUUAUUUUUAAAAAAAUGUGUUUAACUUUUUCUCCUAACAUGCAUCCCCAAUACAUCCUAGACAUCAAAUACUUAAUUUUUUUAAGACUGCAUUAAGUACUGUAUAUUUGACGUCAGGCAUUAUUUUAUAAGGCUGCUUAACUCUAGGUUUUACUUUGGACAUCAGAAACUACGCAAUAAAGCUACAAAACCUUGCAUUUGACGUUUUGACAUCAGACAAUAUCUUAUGGCUACGUGACCCUAGAUUUGACGUUUGGCCUCAGACACUUCUUCUUAAGGCUGCAUACCCCUAGAUUUGAUGUUCGAAAUCAGACACUACUUCUUAAGGCUAUCUACUCCUAAAUUUGACAUUUGACAUCAGACACUACUUCUUAAAGCUACUUACCCGUAUAUUUUAUGUUUGAAAUCAGACACUACUGCUUAAGGCUACAUACCCCUAUAUUUGACUGAUGGCAUAAGACACUAUUUCUUAAGGCUUUGUACCUCUGUAUUUGACGUUUGACAUCAAGCACUAUUUCUUAAGGCCACAUACCCCUAGAUUUGAAAUUUAAAAUCAGACACUACUUCUUAAGGCUACGUUCCCCUAGAUUUGAUGUAUGACAUUAGACAAUUCGUCUUAAGGCUACGCACUCCGCUAGAUUUCACAUCAGUUACAAACCUCUAUUUCCUAAAUCUCACACCAUUUGAGAUUUGAGAUGAGACAUCAAAUGCUAUGUUAAUGCUACCAAGCCCGUUUUACUUUAUUUUUAUAUCAAACAAUAUUGUCAAGGUUGGAUUUGUCUUCAAAAGAUACUUAAAUUAUUUCAAUGAUGUACCAAUUCUAGUCUUUUGCUUUUUUUAUAUGUGUGUUUGUCUUGUAUUGUUUAACGGCCAAUCGACAAUUGGAGUCAUUGAAGGCUAAUUAGUUUUAACGAACAAUGCUGCAAUAUAAAUGUCCAUUCAUAUCGCUCACAUAAUAGAAUAAUGAUAAUGUAAUAUUGCUCUUUAGAAUAUAUGUAAUAGUACAUUGUUCAUGAAUAUGACUAUUGUGAAUUAAGGAUUAUCCUUGAUUUUUAUGUUUAUUGCAUUCAGAGACAUGUGAGUGUAUUCCCUGGUGAAUGUUAUUAGGAAUAUUGUUAUAGCGUCCAAUAUUUCCAUGGCAACGUUAUGUAUCAUAAACCCGGUGAGAGACGUUAUUAUGAUUACAACCGGAUACAUAGUCAAAGCAUUUUACUGUGAUAAGCUUAAUAAUUGUUUUGAUAGUGCUAUUGUUAUCAUUGUAAUGAUUGAGCUACAAUUACAUAUAUAUCAAUCUAUUGUUAAUUCUAUGUUCACAUACAUAUUAAAUUUAAUGUUUUUUCUCUAUGAUUACAGACAAUAGAGUACAUAUAGUGUUGAGUUACUGUGAAAUCUGCUUUCGAUACUGUGAAAUCUGCUUUCGAUACUGUGAAAUCUGCUUUCGAUAGUUCCAAUCUUGGCGGUUACUCAAAUUAUGAAACAAAAUAUUUGUUUCGCAGAAAAUGUAAAACAGACCUUACAUUUCCCCUAAUUUGCAUUUCGAUUAUCUAGUUUUUGUGAUUUCUCCUAAACAAGAGCUCCUCGAGAAAAAAAACUGCAUUAACAGUUAUAUGAAUGCAUUCACCCAAAUCUAUUAGUUGUGCAUUUUGUAUAUCAAAAUACAUGAUUGAAUAAACAAUGAUAAGAGUUCAAUAACAAUUAAAGUAUUGCCAGCGAUAUGGGUAUAUGUACACUAUCAUACAGAUGAAGACAUGGUUACAACUGUGUUAUUGUGAUUAUAAUUGUAUGGUAUCGUAUACAACAUUAAGUAUAUAUAUUUGGCUCUUCCGUCAAUUGGCAUUACUUUGUUGCUGAGCCUGUAUACUAUGGAAUAUCCGUGCCAGAUUCCUUUGUGGAUAAUUGAAAUUAAGAUACAAAUUUCUUUCAAACUCCCAUGGAUACCCGCUCAUAAUCAAAUAGUAACUUUAAUCGUUGUAUUUAUUUUCGAGAUUCCUUAUCAACCAGGAAAACCGCGAUUAUUUACUCCCAAAAAAUAUAUUUUAUGUUAUACAGUAUAUUGUUAUAUGUUUCUUACAAAAUUCUGACAAUCUUUCACCCAUUUGGAUGUGAGGAAAGGAGAUCUCAACCCGCGAGGGGUUUCUUAAGUUGACAGACACGCAGCUUAUGCAUCUUACCCUAAGUGUUGAGAUCCUCCUGUCUUUACACCAAGGCGGCGAAUUAUUAUUUUUCUCUUACCCUGUUUACCCUCUCAUGUAUCUGUAAUUGACGUUAUAUCAAUGUUAGACAAUGUUAACGUGAAUUGAUUGAAUUGUCGAUGUGACGUCACUGUAUUGUUUCCGUAAUGUCUUACAGUUGUUGAGAACGUGCAACGAGCACGUGUAUCUAGCCUCAAUCCUACGAUAAGAUAUGAACAUUUCAUACCUGUAUAGUUGUGAACAUCACUGCCCAUGGUAAGAGAAAAAUAUAUCACUACUGUACUACUGUUUUUUCACUGUUAUAUGUAUAUAGUAAUUAUUAUUACUGUAAUUUCUGUGUUUAUAGUACUGUGGUUACGAACAUACCUUUGUAUUAAUAGUAGAAGGAUAUUUUUGUAUUUGUAAAGCUACUGAUUAUACUUAUAAUAUUGUAAAUAUGAUAUUACAGCUACACAUCUGUUUGAUAGUUUAGUGUAAUUAUAUGGUACAUUAAUGAAGGUCUAUGGACAUAUCCCUAUGAAACAUUGGUACCUUCAAUCAAUUGCAAUAUCUUACCGUGUGUUUGGUCGCAUGACAUGCUGGCAUAUAGUGUUAAAUCAUACAUACAUUAUGCUUUGUCAGCGAAUUUGUAAUGCAUCCGAAAUCAUGAAUACAGAGAAAAUAGUCCACUAUAGCAAUAUAUCGCGUACAAGAAAAAACACAAAGAAUACUGGCGUGUGAAUGGCAGAUUUAUUCGUACUCAAUAUCGAUAACAAGAAAGCAAACUAGGAUUGAAACAUGAAUAUACACGAUGGUUCUUGAAAUGUGCAAGGGACAAUGCAAAAGGUUCCAUGAGAGUAAGCGUCUUUUGCACUAUCGGCGAUAUCUAAUCCAAAUCUACGUCAUUCCAUGUUCUCAAAGAAACGUAAACCGGCAGUGGCUGCGUUUUAUUUCAUGUGAAUGCUAUCUAUCGCUACCAAAUAUGUUUCGUAUCAUCAGCACACAAUAAAUCAAUGCCAAAAUAACAUUUCCUGUGAACGAUAAACUGUGCAUUGAUAUUUGUACACUAUAUCAUAUCGAGAGACGUCGAUAAUUCGCUCAUGGAUGUAUAAUGUAUCGUUGAAACGCAAUCGUUGAUACGAUUGUCAUCGUAGUGUGCUCGAUAAACCGUUUGUUGAUAUAUAUUACAUAUACAAUGUAUAACAUCGUAAUGUAUGUAUAUAGUAUACUUAAAACACCGUGCGUAAUAUAUUACAUUGUGCAUAAUUGACCAUCGUUUGAAAAAAUAUCCUUUGCAUUCGUACAUUAUACACAGUUCAUAAGUACACAUUAUGUAUAUCAUCAUUUUAUGUGUAUAAAGAAUUAUUAUUCUCCAUAGUGUAAACUGACUAAUAUAAGAAUUAAUCAGUGCUUUCUAAGUUUACGAAAAGUUUCUUGGCUACCAAUAGCAUUAAAAAUUUGAAAUAAAGUUCUCUCUCUUGUCGUUUCAAUUGCCAUGCAUGGAUUAACGGACAUAACAAUUAUAGACAGUUACGGACAAUAAUCAGGCCAAACAAGGAGAUUUGGAUUUGAGUUUAGAGUCGAUAGACCAUAGAAUGAAAAAAAGCAAUAGCGUACCUAUAUACUGAUAAUACAUUGGUGUAGGUGUUAUUGGAUUUAUGUAACGAAGACGGGUAUCUUUAGUUGUAUAUUUAUCUAACAAUAUGUUUUACUCCCUUUAGAUUUUUUUGAAUAUGAAUUUAUUAAUUAAAUGUCAUUGUGUUUCAUUGUUUUCACUUGACGAAGUUUAUUUGACUGAAAAAAACAGUAAUGAUUUAAAUGGGGAAGAUUUAGGAAUAUCGGUUUUCAUGUUUCAGCAAUGUAACCAUUCGUAGCCAUUUAACUUAAUUUGGCAUAUUUAGGAUAACUGGGUAUCGUUGGCUGUCUUUCGCAUGUUUAAACUCAUUGAUGAAUACAUAUCAAUAACUACCGAAUCAAGGAUAUAAAGAAACAUAUUAUUUUUAUAUUUUGUUUUGUUAAAAUACAACAAAGAGCUUUUAAUAUGCGACCCCUUACAAUGGUAAUUUGUUUUACUUAUGCAUAACAUUUCAUUUAAACAUUUUCAACAAUGCAAAUUUUCAUUCUCUAUCCUCUCCAUUUUCAAGAAUAACAAAGUUUGAUAACUAAACAUUUUACAAUGUAGAUAUUUUGUCACACCAGUAUUAUAAAUGUACUGUACUGAUUAAUUCAACUACAAAUUAAACGUUGUAUCAUUUUAGGUAUUUUUCACAUCAUUACAGUUCACAGAAAAUGCAUUAAUAUACGCAUCAUGCAUCAGAUAUGUACCAUUGUUACUGAAGAGUUAUCGACAAUGAGUUCGGGAAAGCCACUAACAAUUCAAACUAUCAAAAUAAAGCAAAAUGUGAAAAUAUUUCAACGUUUCUUUUUCAUCCUGGUCACGGCACCAAUUCUAAUUUGAAGAUUUUAAACUGUCCGAAUCGAAGUCUUCUCUUUGAUUUUCCUUCCUGUUUCGAAUAAAACCUCUACUUUCCAAAACUGAAUUACCGUGGCAAGUAAUUUCAUUUGUUCUGUUGCUUAAAUACUGUAUCACGUGUAUAUGUAUAUUAUGUAGCUAAGUAGGAUAUAAAGAGGUGCAAUAAACGCAUUCAUAUGUGUAAAAUCUGAGUAAAUGAAACUCAUAUAAAAACAAACAUUGUGAUAAUGAAGUAUAUUAUUUUUGUAUUUGAAAUCCAUAAUAUCAAUCAUUUCAUUCAUCAAACAUAGCGCGUCCAUUGUUCCAGACUACUAAUUCCGGUCGAUAUUAACUACAGAAACGUAAAUCUCGAUAAUAUCUUUUAUAUUAAAUCAUUUUCAUCUCUACAUAUCGUAAAUUACAUUGAAUUUUUGUAUAGUCUUAGGAAUAUCAAAACAUUUAAAAUGCGAGUGUUUCUUUUCAAAUCAUUUCUUUUUAUUUCUGAUAUUAUUGAACAAAAUAUCUGUUGUAUAUUUCACAGCAAAAACGCAAUAUUAACAUGACGUUUGACACUAGUUUAACACGCUCGUAACAAAACUGCUUAUGUAUUUCCUUAUAUAGUUUAUGUUCAGCUGUCGUUUUGAGACCAAAAAGUAUCUUAUUAAAAUCUAGACCGGUGUUUAUUGUAAACGUGUUGAUCUGUAUUAAAACCAUUAUGAUGUAUAUAGACAGACAAACCUCGUUAUCUUAAACUCUGAAAACUCUCCGACCUUACUUAACUGGAAAUAAAAACAAAAAUCGAAUACGUGGAGUAAAUAUACUGUAAAAAAAAAACACCUCGAAAACUGAGGUUAUUUCGAAAUGUAAAAGACCCCCAUCCCCCACAAAAGACUUUGCGCUAACGAGGUUUGACAGUGUCUUGAAUUUAUUUGUUAUUAAAGUGUCCAGAGGCAGUGUAUAUACAGUUAAGAUGCACUAGUUACACAAUAUAAAUAUAUAUAUUUGGAGUUGAUUUUAGUAAGAUUUUUUGUGUUAAUAAACUGCUUGGUUUAUG